UUUUUUUAAUAUUUUUUAUUCCUUUGUGAAAAAUAACCGAGUCAAUGUCCGAGAUAUCACACGCAUAAAAAAAAAAGUGUGGAUCUCAGCAGUUCAGCAUAGCAGGGCCAUUUCUUGUUGAUGACACAAAAGACUGGAGUUUUGCUUUGGAGUAGUGGUGCGUGAUGGUAGUGGUUGUGUUCUGAGAGUCUUUGGUCCAGUGUCCAGUGCGUUGGAUGCAGAUGAGAAAUCAUAUGAGGUCGGUGUCGAGGGUGGAAUUCCUCAGUCAGUUCUGCUUCUGACACCGGUUGUAAAUUUGAUUUUAUUUAAUCUUAUCUAAUCUGAGCCGCUCAUCAGCUUAUCUAUUAUUGGAUUGCCACGUCUAUUUUAAUGGAUAGUUGUCACUUUUAAUAGAAUAUAUAGAUAAAUAUAAAUAUAUAUUAAUUAUAUUGCAUUUAAAAUCAAGUAAGAAAUCGUAGUCUUGAUAAUUGUCGUGCGUGUUCGUUUACUACUUCAAGCAUGCAUUGGUUCUUCUUUGCAAGGGCCAGGAGGUGAAGAACGUAAUUGUGAAGACCCGGUUGCACUACGGCCAUCCAUGUCAAUAAAUGAAUCCAAAGAUGAUACUAAAAUCUUAGCACCAGUACUUAAUAAAACAAAAUAACAAUAAAUCUCCAUCUAAACUUAAAUAAAAUAACUACAAGUAUGAUAGUGAGAAGAAAUUGGGCCUUACGGCUGUCUGUCGUCGUUAACAUCUGCGUUCUCCUGUACAUAUGCGUUCACUUUAAAACGGCAGCUUGGGUUGAAGAUGCUUCUAAUUGGGAUAACUCAUCGGGAUCGAGUGUUCAAGAAGUUUCGAAUGAUAUUCAAGCGAAUAGCAACAACAACAACAAUAAUCAAAGUAGUCAAACAACACGAUUAUCAAGCAGCGUUGAAGGAAGAUUUUCUAGAUUAAUUUCAAAAGUAAAAGAUAAACCGACGGAAUCUAUUGAAGCAUCUAAGGCCAUCGAAAAUAAGGAACAGACGAAUCAUAAAUCAGAGACUGCACAAAGUUCUUCUUUAUUCCUUUCCGGUCAAGAGAGCUCUCCGCUGGCCCAACCUUCAGCAGCGGCGGUGACAUCGUCAUUGAGCUUAAAAGACAUAAUAAAGUGUAACGACAAGUCACUGGAAGCUAGAAUUGCCCAACGCGGCGAUUACUGGGUACUUUAUAACUAUGUGCCAAUGAGUAUUUACGUUGGAUGUUGGGAAAGCGUUACUUAUACGACCCAUGCGGACUUUACGUUUCUCGACAAUCUGGAGCCGUUGCUGCGACGCUGGCAAGCACCAGUAUCGAUUGCUUUACAUGCACCAGGCACAGACUUUCAGCCGACUUUAGAUUCAAUCAGAUACUUGAGAAAUUGUGGAAGUCCACUCGUAUCACAAUUCACCACCUUUCAUAUUUAUUUCAAUAGCAAACAUGUACCCCGAUCGGUACCAUCGAGCGAAAAAGUAUUAUCCUCUGAGCCAUAUAACUGUAGUCUUGGGGCACCUUGGUCAAAUCAAAAUGUUAUAAACAACAAAAUGUAUAAAAACGAAAAAAAACUUUUGUAUCCCGUUAAUGUUGGGCGUAAUAUUGCGCGUGAAUCUGCCAUAACUCACUACGUACUCGCGAGUGAUAUUGAGCUUUAUCCUAAUCCAGGUUUGCCGGAUAAUUUUCUUGAGAUGAUUCGUAAAAAUGAUCAUCCAGCGUUGUCUAAAUCAAAUCCUAAAGUAUUUGUAUUACCAAUAUUUGAAGUUGAUAAAAAAAGUCAACCGCCAGUUAACAAAACAAUUCUGAUAAAAAUGCUCAAGUCAGGCAGCGCAAUUCCAUUUCACAAGAGAUUGUGUUCAAUUUGUCACAAUAUACCCAAAGGGAAAGAAUGGCAAGAUGCUGUCGAGACAACGGAUCUUACGGUAUUUCAUGUUGGUAAACGUACUGGUAAUUUUGCUCACUGGGAACCUAUAUUUAUCGGUACAAAUAAUGAGCCAAUGUACGAAGAACGUUUAAGCUGGGAAGGUAAAAGUGAUAAAAUGCCACAAGGUUAUGCGCUCUGUGUAUUAAAUUAUGAUUUUCUUAUUCUCAAUAACGCGUUUCUUGUACACCGACCGGGUAUUAAAUCUUACAAAAAAGAUCAACGACGCGACAUGCUAACUGAAAAAACCAAUACGUUUAUUAAAAAAAUUUUAUUACCCGAGCUUAAAGUCAUGUAUGGAUCAAGAAAAGGCUGUGUCGUUUAAUUACACAGCUAUGUUAAUAUUUAUUAUAGUUAAUUGACAUAAUUGCGACAACUGUUGAUAUUUAAAAUAUUAAAUAUUUAAAAAACGAAAAAAAAAAAACUCUCAAUCGUUAUUUAUACAAUUACAGCAAUCAAUAAGACCUCAUGUAUUUAAUAAUUAUAAUUGUUAUAACAAUUUAUUGCCAUUUGACCUUUUUUUCACUACUUCUAUUGACUUAUUAAUUGACAUUUGCUAUUUAUUUAUCAAAUAUACCAUUCAAGUAUUGACUUUUAUUUAACGCCAACAAAAAUAAUUAUUUGACAUUUUAUAUUUGGCCAAAAAAUAGAGUACUUAAAUAAUGUAUGAGUGUGUUUUAAUAUCAUUACAAUUAUUAUUAUUAUUAUUAUUAUUAUUAUUACUACUACUAUUAAACAUUGACUGUAUUAAUUAAAAGCCAGCCUUCUAUUUUUCACUUGUAUUUCUAUACAUAUAUAUAUAUUUAAAAAAAUCAUUUUUAAUUAUAAUUAAACAAUAUCAAAUGACUAGAGGUGUGCAAAUAGUUCGAAUUUACGAAUCAUUUGUAUUGAAUCGAAUCGAAUAAUUUGAAUUUUUUGAAUUGUCAGUCUUUGAAUUAUUUGAAAAUUUUAUUUUGAACGACUUAAAGUUUUAAUAUUUUUUCUAAUAAUUGAAAUUUUUGUCGGUGGUAAAUAGAACUUUGGACAUAAAUUUACGAAAAAAUUGUUUUUGGUUAAUUUCAAAAUUAAGCUCAUUAUUAAAGGGUAACGUCAACCGAUUUUCAUUUAAAUUUUAAUUCAUGGACAAACACUGGAAACUUUGACAGAGGGCUGAACAUUUCGUAUUUUCAAAAUUUUUAGAAAAAUUUUUUAAAAAUUCUCACUACUCUACGAGUGCAAAAAAAAAGUUCCGUUUAUUUUUUUGUGAGAAAGAGGUCCGGGGGUGUUUACCCUUAAGGACAUUUUCAAACAGUACCGCAAUUUUUAAAAAAUUUUCGAUGACAACUGUCAUAAUUAUAUCAAAAUUUUAUAAAUUAAUUAAGACUUUAAUUGAACCGAAAUAUAGAAUUAUUUAAAAAUUACUUACAGUUAUCAAUUAGAAGUUGAACGGAAUUUUUUGAAUAAAUUUUAGCCUAGAAAAUUUGAAAAUUGUCAUAAAAAUUUAACUAAAAUUUAUUUUACAAAUUUCAUUUAACUUCCAAUUGAUGUCAACUGUAAAUAAAUUUUUUUAAAUUCUAUAUCUCAGCAUUGUUUUUUUUUAAAUUAAUUGAUCAAAUUUUGAUACACCUGACAGUUAAUUGAAAAUUUUUUAAAAGUAGCGGGCACUAAGAAUUAAAAAGUUAAAAAUAAUUCGAAUAAUUAAAAAAUUCGUGAAUUAUUCGAUUCGAUUCGAACACUCCUACAAAAAAAAGUAUUAAUUUAAAAAUAAAAAGUGUAAAUAAUGUAAACACAAUCUGCAAAUGCGCCUUUAUUGUCUAAUAACAUAAUAAUGUAAAUGUUAUGCAAAUUUUAAAAAUCCGCAUAACAUAUUCUGUGCCUUAUUGCCUUUAUCAUGUCAUAAGAAUGUACGUACGUUUAAACAUAACAUUUGCUAGUAUAUCAUACAAACAAACACAUGAUAACGAUUAUGAAUGAAAAAAUGAGUAAAUGAUCAUUAAGUAAUAUGAGUUUAGUAGUAAUUUAAAAAUGCAAGAUAAAGGUGAACAUAUGCCAACUUAUAUUUUCUAGUAAUUUAUUACAUAACAAAUAAUAAUAAAAAGUAAUUAUCACUUGCGAAUGGUUGGUGUGAAUAAUUAAAAGGUUUAGUGUUGAAGCUGAGAUAAGACUUGUCUUGACAUUAUUUAUGUUAAUAUUAUUAUUAUUGUUAUAUAUAUAAAUAUAUUGUAAAGAGAGCGGGCAACAAUGAUGUUUAUUGAUGUAAAGAGACCGUUUCUUGACUUUCAUAUUUAUCUGUAAAUACUUGAGUACGUUUACGAGCAACUGAUGGGUAUGAACGUGAAAUGUAAAUAAAGUGUAAACUUAUACAUAUAAAUUAAAGUGUCAAACCCGAAUGUCUCGUAAAAAUAAAGCGCGCAUUUAUUGUUUAUUUGUUAAAGAGUAAAAAAAAAUAAAUUAAUAAAUAAUAAUGAACAACAGUAA